GGCGAUGACAGCAUUUCAACGCCAAGUGUGAACGCUGCUCCGAUCAUCCAGCUCGAUCCUUUCAUGUGCCAUGUUUCUGCAGUUAACCGUUUGGCGUGGAAGAACCAUGAGAAGAAUGAAAAUUGCAGAAGCCUCCAGCUUGCUUCUUGCGGAGCUGAUAAUUGUGUGAGGGUGUAUUCAGGCCUGUCGGCAUCACCGUGUGGGCUGUUACCUUCGGUACUAUCAAACGUACAAUUUCACGGAUUAUUAUUUUGAUGGUUUCCAUGGGUUACGGUGUCAUGAGGCCGACCCUCGGUGGGCUUACUUCGAAUGUAAUCAUGGUUGGAGUAACCUUCUUUCUGGCAUCCGAAGCUCUUGAACUGGUGGAAAAUGCCGGUGCAGUGAGUGAUCUUUCGGGAAAGGCGAGACUGUUUUUGGUUCUUCCCGUCGCAAUCUUAGAUGCCUUCUUCAUUCUUUGGAUAUUUACUUCCCUCUCUGCAACUUUAAAUAAACUUCAGGCUAGAAGGAUGAUGGUAAAACUGGAAAUAUACAGGAAGUUCACAAAUGCACUGGUAGUAGCCGUUAUCGUAUCAGUGGGUUGGACGUGUUACGAGGUAGUCGAAUCCAUUAUUUUCGAUGCUAUCUUUCAGCUGCUUUCGAAUAAAGCAUUAUGCAAUCUUGCAUCUUUAGAAUAG